AUGGCGCCACAGCCAGGAGGCGAGAAACCAGGAGGGACGGGUUGGGUCUUAAGGGAAGGCUCGAAAAGGGUGACAGGGGAAAUUAGCAGUGUUCAUCGAGGAAUGACAGACAGCAACAGCAACGACCACAAUGCCAUUGCCAAUCGCAAGCGGGCCAGACACUCUGCGAUGGAGCUGGUUGCACGGAAAGCGCCACAUUGCCUUUUCAAGGUUCCCAGCGGAUUUUCUCCCCCACCAACGCUCGACCCAAACGGACCCGGGAAAAGAAUUUGGUCGCAUGAUGAUUCUCGUUGCCUUGCUUGGUCUGUCCUAAUCCCAUCCAUCCUUUCUUUCCAGAGUGUCAUGCUUUACUGGGAUGAGGUGUACCUGAAACCUAGCAGCUCUCCUAUCUGGAAUUUCCAACUAGUGGGUUGGUCUACUUUAGCUGGUUUUAGCCAAGGUACAGACGCUCCGGUGGCACAGCCGUGGGGAUCCACUGCCGUCGAUUGGCGGUCGAUGGCCGAUGGUCGGUCCCAAACGUGGUCCUCCAUUGGAAGCUCUCCUUUGCCACCACUUGAGAUUCGUUCUAUUUACAGAACAGACUGUGGGCGGCUACCUACCCAGGUAGAGCUUCUGUUCCUUGUAGGUGGGGCUGCCCCAAAGGAUGAACUCGCCAGCGUGGGACGCGAUCACCGGGUCAUGAUGCAAGACCUGUCCGAUGCAUCAACAAUCAUUGCCAUUGGUGAGUCAGAGAAGCUUAUCUGGCGGAAACUGGCGAAAGGAGACCCCUACACGGAGAAAAGUGGGACCCGAGGACCACAGGCGGGAAAGAGGUAUACUGACUACCCCAACACCAUCACAAUGCUUAACGCCUCGGCGCUGAAGCAGGAAUGCUAG